AUGGUGCUCCUCGCGGCAGUGCAGCAGGGAGCAGCGAACUGGUGUACGCCUCCUCCGGAGCCCAACCGACCCGCAGGACAAUCGGCACGGGCGCCCAACCAGCCCCCACCAAUGGCGCACGACGUGAAUGACAAUCCCGCCGCCGCCCUCGUCGACUCCGACGACGAAGCGGAUGAAUUAUUGUUGGGAUGCCAACCUCCAAAAAGAGAGAGAGAGAGAGAGAGAGAGAGAGAGAGAGAGAGAGAGAGAGAGAGAGAGAGAGAGAGAGAGAGAGAGGAACGGAAAGAAGAGGAGAGCACCGGCCUAUCCAGUCAUCUAGGAACGUGGCGUUGGCAUGAAACACGGGACGCCAUACAUAUGAUCACAGCCAUUUUUCUCCAUUCGCUGUUAACAUAUACCGUUGAGGUGGUGGAAAGAAAAGAAUGA